CUUCUCCCCGCUCUCUUUCUUUGUACUCAUCAUUUUCUGGUCUUCUCUACAUUCAAUUUCAGAGUUACACACAGAUCGACAGUAAUCGGGAAAAAUGGCGGAUUACUCUCAGUUGGAGAGAAUGGGCCGAGAACUCAAAUGCCCCAUCUGCUUGAGCCUGCUCAACUCUGCGGUGUCUCUCUCUUGCAACCACGUGUUCUGCAACCCGUGUAUUGAAAAAUCCAUGAAAUCAGCUUCCAGUUGUCCUGUUUGUAAGGUUCCAUAUGGACGCAGAGAGGUUCGUCCUGCCCCUCAUAUGGAUAACCUAGUAAGCAUUUACAAAAACAUGGAAGAGGCUUCAGGUGCCAAUAUAUUUGUAACUCAAAAUGCACCUUCAAAUAAAAUUUCAGUAGAUGGCUCGGAUCAAGCUGGGAAUGGUAGAAAUCGUGGAAGAGAAAAAAUUGAUAGAAGAAGCCAACAGACAGACAGGAAACAGGGAAGUUUUAAAAGAAUGUGCUCAAAGCCUGCACUAAAGACUAGCCAAGAGAAUUCUGAUUUGGAUCCUGCAAAACCAUCCUUUCCAACAAAGAAAAGGGUUCAGCUCCCACAAUAUCCUCCUUCGAGGACUGCUGAACAGCAGACAACAUCUAAAAGUAGAUCUAGUGGAAUUGCAGAAGUUCAGCCACCAAAGAAUUCAGAUGUGUUAACAGAAAAAAUAGCUGUAAAGGAAAAAGGAGAAUUGGCUUUUACCCCAUUUUUUUGGUUGAGAGAUGAUGAGGAUGUAGAAAAGUUAAGUCAGCAGACAGAUGGUGAUCAGAACAUGGAUACACCACUAAUUGAUGCUCCUUGCUUCAGUGACAUAAAGGACUCAGAUGAUGAAACCCUAUCUCAAAGGGGCCAAAAUGGGGGAGGAAAUACCACAUCUGAUAAUGCUGAUUACUUUGAGAGUGAGAUGUUUGAAUGGACACAGAGACCUUGCUCACCUGAACUUUGUUCCAGUCCCAUGAAAAUACAGGCUGAUACUGAUGAAUACAAUACCAUUCAGGUAAAAGAAUGCAACUUAUCAUUGCAGACAAAACCCACAACUGGAAAAUAUGGAACUGAAAACACAGAAAAUGUGUUUCCCAAACAGAAAACCAAUGAUGCAGAAGCAAGCUUAGCUGGUUUAUCCUCUUCAGGAAUUAACACUACUAACAUUGACAAUAGAAUUAAAAAGUCCAACAAGUGUGGCAGGAAGGUGAGUGUAAGAACAAAAAGGAAACAAGCUAAGAGACCCAUAGAUGAAGUUCGUGGAGUUCAAGCUGACCCAAACAAAGUGGUUGAAGGUGCUGCAUCUGAGAAGAAAUGUCACGAUAACAUUAAUUUGUUAAAUUUAAAAGAAAAAACGCAUAGGAGAGUUAAGAAAGUUAUGUGUGAGAAUGUUGCAGUACGAUGUCUACAGGAAAAUGUUUCUGCUUUAUCCAUUGGAAAAAAUAGUCUGAAUGGUAAUAACAGGACCAUUUCAGAAUUGCCAGCUGCAUUAGAUUGUAGCAGCAUGGAGACAAAUGAUCAGAAACAGAGGGAUUGCCCUAAAGGAUCCAAAAUUAACACCACAAACAAUACACAAUGUGAUCAGAAGCUGAGCAACUCUAAAAGGCAAAAAGUCUUCAAUGAUGAUAUUCUGAAGGAUAAUAGCUUGGUUAAUAGCAUUCAGUAUGGUUCUAACAUGGUUUCUGAAAAGAGCACUCAACCCUCAUACAAUUCCCAAGUUCGAGUUUUGCAGAAUUCUGCAGCAGAGAAGGCUCUGCCUGAUUCUUUCAGACUGUUAUUGCAUAAAUGUGAGAAUGUUCCUAGCAAAAUUGAAUGUGCUUUCUGUCAUUCUACAGAAGAAUCUCAGGCGUCAGGAGUCAUGGUUCACUAUCUCAAUGGCAAGCCAGUUGCAGCAGAUUAUAGUGGUGGCCAAAAGAUCAUACAUGCACAUAGGAAUUGUGUGGAAUGGGCUCCUAAUGUGUAUUUUGAAGAUGAUAUUGCCAUCAACCUGGAUGCUGAAUUAUCACGAAGUCGAAGGAUUAAAUGCUGUUGCUGUGAUAUCAGAGGGGCAGCUCUCGGGUGUUAUGAGAAAAGCUGUCGCAAGAGCUUCCAUGUUCCUUGUGCGAAGUUAAUCCAACAAUGUCGUUGGGAUAAUGAUAACUUUGUUAUGUUAUGCCCCAUUCAUUCUUCUUCUAAGCUUCCUAAUGAGAUAUCAGCAUCUCAGAUCAAAAGGAAACAGAAAUGCACCUCAAAAAGGCCAUCUCAAUCCCACCAACCAGAAGUUGCUUCAAAAGAUGGUAGCACUGGUCAGCAGUGGAAUUCUCAUGGAUUGUCAUCUCGAAAACUGAUCCUCUGUUGUUCAGCUCUCACAAGUGAAGAAAAGGAAAUCGUUUCCAAGUUUGAGAGAUUAUCUGGGGUUAUGGUACUAAAAAAUUGGAAUUCCAGAGUCACCCAUGUUGUUGCGUCUACGGAUGAGAACGGAGCUUGCAGAAGAACCCUCAAAAUUUUGAUGGGAAUCUUAGAGGGGAAGUGGAUCCUAAGUAUUGAGUGGAUUAAGGUCUGCAUGAAGGCCAUGGAACCUGUUAAUGAGCAGCCUUAUGAAAUUGCUCUCGACAUCCAUGGAAUCAGGGAUGGUCCUCGACUUGGAAGAUUGAGAGUUCUGAACAAGCAACCAAAUCUGUUCGAGAAGUGUGAAUUCUAUUUUACAGGAGAAUUUGCACCUUCAUACAAGGGUUACCUACAUGAUCUCAUAAUUGCAGCUGGGGGGGCUGUUCUGCAACGGAAACCCAUUUCAAGUGUCCAAGAAUUUGCUUCAUCUGGAAAGAAAACAUCAUCAACCUUCAUCAUUUUCAGCCUCGAGCUGCCGGAUAAGUGUGACCCCGACCAGAAAAAUUCAAUUCUCAAACUGAGGCGGUUAGAUGCUGAAGCUUUAGCAAGCUCCACUAGAGCCACAGUGGCAAGCAACUCAUGGAUUUUGGACAGCAUUGCUGCUUGUAAGUUGCAAAACCUUGCAGAAUACUAACCGAUUGCAGGAGAUUAUCAUCUUUCAUCAGUUCUACAGUCUUGUAUCAGUAAGUUCUGGUUUGGUGUAGUUAUGAGGUUAUCUCUUCAGCACUGUUGGAGGAAGCUCAUGUAAAUUGUUGAGAAAAAAAACAAAAAACCAGGCAAAGAUUGGGUAACUUUCUUUUUGGAUCAUGUUGAAGAACCCAUCUGUUCCAGAAAAUUUUUAUGAUUAUAUCACCCGAUAGUGAGGAUGUGUGUAAUUUUCAUUCUAGUAAAAUGUGAUAUUUGUCCAUUGGCUACAGGACAACUUGGCUUGAUGCCAAGAUUUAUUCAUGUUGUCCUAUGAUGCUAAAAUAUAAUGAAAAAUAAUCAUUA